AUGGCCCGCCUUAAUCCCUUCUCGUUUACCCCGGGGCCAGUCAUCUUCUUUACCACCGUUGUCUACGUGGGCCUCUUUGCUGGCCUGCUCGUUACCCACCUGACGGUACCAAACUACCCAUCUAAUCCGCCAGCCGGCAUCAACCUCACCGAAGCUUGGGGCGACCUCCAGCACAUUACCCGCCGCUUCCAUCCCUACAACAGCCAGGCCAACGACGAUGUACGCGAUUAUCUACUCACACGCAUCAAGAGCAUCGUCAGGUCCAAGGACCUGGGAGAGGGCCAAGUCGAGCUGUUCAACGACUUGACCUCCAAUGCGACCUUUUCGUCCGGUAGUACCUCUGUCUACUUUGAAGGUACCAAUCUCAUCGUCGCUAUCCGCGGAUCCGACGAUGACGAACCUUUCAACUCUACUGAUCGUAGUUCGGAAAAUGGCGGCGUGCUUGUGAAUGCCCAUUACGAUUCUGUGAGCAGUGGCUAUGGUGCAACUGACGAUGGCGUCGGUGUCGUGACGAUCUUGCAACUUCUCUCUUACUUUACAGAGUCCAAGAACUGGCCCAAGAGAACUGUGGUACUGCUGCUCAACAACGGCGAAGAGGACUAUCUAAAUGGCGCCAAAGCUUUCAUGCGAAACCCGAUAUCUCAAGUCCCACACACGUUCGUGAACCUUGAGGGGGUUGGAGCCGGUGGCAGAGCUGCUUUGUUUAGAAGCACCGAUACCGAGAUUACUAGGUUCUACAAAAAGUCCAAGUAUCCCUUCGGGACAGUCGUGAGCGGUGAUGGUUUCAAGAGGGGCUUGGUCCGGAGCGAGACUGACUACAAAGUCUUCCAUGGCGAACUCGGGAUGCGAGGUCUGGACUUUGCGUUUUUGGAGCCAAGGGCACGAUAUCACACGAUUGAAGAUUCUUCACGCGAAACUUCAAUGAACUCGGUCUGGCACAUGCUUUCAGCAGCUCUAGCCACGACAUCUGGACUGGCUUCCAUCACUGGUGACGAGUUUACUGGCCCAGAAAGCCUCGACAACGGCAGGGUCAAUGCUGGAACUGGUAGUGAUGGUGUAUGGUUUGAUCUCUUCGGAAGGGUUUUCGUUGUGUUCAAACUGCAUACUCUCUUCGCUUUAUGCAUUACUUUGCUAGUUGUUGCACCUCUUACACUAAUUGGCCUGACUUUUGGUCUUUCCAAGGCCGACAAGAACUACCUAUUAGCACGUAAGGCCUACGUGCAUUCAUCAGACGACGACAAUCCGGUGCACCUUUACGGAUGGCGCGGCUUCUUUCGCUUCCCUAUCAUCUUUGUCUCCGCAUCCGCUGUUGUUAUCGCAUUGGCAUAUCUCAUAGUCAGAUUCAAUGCUUUCAUUGUGUAUAGCAGCCCAUUUGCUGUUUGGAGUAUGAUGCUCUCGGCAUGGGUCUUUGUCGCGUGGUUCCUUGCCCGAGGAGCCGAUGCUAUGCGACCAUCUGCACUUCAGCGUAUGUACGCUUUGAUCUGGCUUUUCGUCGGCUCCUUUGUCUUUCUCACUAUCAUCACGGUGUUUGUGAACGACUACCAGAUUGCUGCCGGUUACCCCGCGCUCUUCUACUUUGCGGCUGUGUUCGCGGCCAUCCUCCUUUCCUACCUUGAGCUCUUCCUUGUCCCAAGCAAAUCAGCAUAUGCUCGCCACUUCGAGCAAGAGAGUGAAUCGCGACGCAACUCAGAGUCUGCAAGCAGGCCUCUUACGGGCAGCACCACUGCAGCACGGUCUGAUGAUCGUCCUGUGGGAGACGAUGACGCCACUGAGACCACCUCACUCUUACGCGGCGAUCGACGCGGAUUUACAAGAUAUGGCGGUAACAGGCGAGACUCCAUCAGCGAGGGAGGCGAAGAUCAUGCACAAGGACCCCGGCAGAUAGAUCUCGGCAACGUGUAUCCUGGAGAACAAGAGUGGAGCGGCAAAUUACCGAGCUGGAUCUGGAUUGUUCAACUUCUGCUGUUGGCGCCUAUCGUGAUCAUCUUAGUUGGACAAGUUGGUCUGCUUCUUACCUCGGCCCUUUACCAGACGCCAUCAGACGGUAAUUCGACCUUGUUCAUCUACCUCGCAUUCGCAGGGCUUACGGUGCUGCUGCUCGCGCCAACCGGUCCUUUUAUCCACCGCUUCACGUACCACAUCCCCACCUUUCUGUUCCUGGUAUGCGUGGCAACUGUCAUUUACAACCUUGUGGCGUUCCCGUUCAGCAGGGAUCAUCGCUUGAAGGUGUAUUUCGUUCAGCGGGUUGAUUGCGAGACUGGCGACAACAUUGUGUCCCUGACCGGCUUGGACGGCUAUGUCCAACGCAUUGUUGGCGAGUUACCCAGUGCGCAAGGCAAGCAGCUUAUUUGCACGACACCCGAGGUCGCGACGCGUAAGGAGCUAAAGCAGUGCGAAUGGCAGGGUCUUGACGCUAAAGUCGUGCCGAAGCCAGCGCAUGCAUCGUCAUCCCGCAACAACACAUACAUCAGCAAAUGGCUCGAUUAUUCGAUCCAGAAGGGCAACAGCUCCAACAAAGCGACAAUACGCGUUGUUGGCCAUAAUACGCGCGCAUGCCGCAUUGUUUUCGACUCGCCCAUAACAGCAUUGAGCGUCGCCGGCGCUGUUUCAGAUUCUCGCUUUAAACCCGUCGGUGCGGACGGGGCCCGGGAAGUGCGACUGUGGCAUCGCGAAUUUGGUCAGCCCUGGAACGUUAGCGUAGCUUGGAACGCCAAAGAACAAUCGAAACUUUCUGGAAGGAUUGUGUGCCUCUGGUCGGACGCCAAUACAGGCGACAUCCCUGCCUUCGAUGAGGUGCAGCACUAUCUGCCCGUAUGGGCAAUACCGUCCAAGAUUAGCGAUGGCUUGGUCGAGGGCUUUAAGCAGUUCGAAAUUUAG